AUGGGGACUGACUCUAUCAGUCAGCUGGGCAUCCAGGUGACUGCCCCCAAUCCGUUUUAUUCUCUUAGGGUAGAAACGGAAGACUGCAAAGUUGACUUGUCAUUUCUAAUUGACGGGAGUUCAGGCAUUGGCAAACGUCGAUUCCGAAUCCAGAAACAAUUCCUGACUGAUGUUGCCCAAGCUCUUGACAUUGGUCCUGCCGGCCCACUGAUGGGUGUUGUUCAAUAUGGAGACAACCCUGCUACCCAGUUUAACCUCAAGACUCACAUGAAUUCCUGGGAUCUGAAGACAGCCAUAGAGAAAAUUACCCAGAGAGGAGGGCUUUCUAAUGUAGGCCGGGCCAUCUCGUCUGUGACCAAGAACUUCUUUUCCAAAGCUAAUGGAAACAGAGGCACCGCUCCCAACGUGGCUGUGGUGAUGGUGGACGGCUGGCCCACAGACAAGGUGGAGGAGGCCUCAAGGCUCGCAAGAGAGUCAGGAAUCAACAUUUUCUUCAUCACCAUUGAAGGUGCUGCUGAAAAGGAGAAGCAGUAUGUGGUGGAGCCCAACUUUUCAAACAAGGCUGUGUGCAGAACAAACGGCUUUUACUCACUCAAUGUGCAGAGCUGGCUCAGCCUCCACAAGACCGUGCAGCCCCUGGUGAAGCGAGUCUGUGACACCGACCGUCUGGCUUGCAGCAAGACCUGCCUAAACUCAGCAGACAUUGGCUUCAUCAUUGACGGCUCCAGCAGCGUGGGGACAGGCAACUUCCGCACGGUUCUCCAGUUUGUGGCCAACCUCAGCAGAGAGUUUGAGAUUUCAGACACAGACACACGCAUCGGGGCUGUGCAGUACACCUACGAGCAGCGGCUGGAGUUUGGGUUCGACCAGUACAGCUCCAAGUCCGACAUCCUCAAUGCCAUCAAGAGGGUGGGGUACUGGAGCGGGGGCACCAGUACGGGGGCUGCCAUCAACUACGCCCUAGAACAGCUCUUCAAGAAGUCCAAGCUCAACAAGAGGAAGCUAAUGAUCCUCAUCACUGACGGGAGGUCCUACGAUGAUGUCCGAAUACCAGCCAUCACUGCCCAUCACCAGGGUGAGCCCAUCUCCCGACUAGUCUGGGGCUGAGCGUCUUUCCAAGGCUUGGCAGGCCAGGGGGACAAGAAAGGGGCUGUCUUUAUGCACUGGUUUUGUCUGCCACUUAAAUGUUCAAAACCAUAGGGAGAGCAUUCGGGGUGGAGUCAAACACUGCAGGCCCCACUGAGUGGUGAAAAAGGAACACGGUGGGGAGCGUCCAGGUAGUUUCCAAACUGCCAUGGCGAAUGCCAAGGCCUGCAGGUGAUGGGGAACAUUCACCCUCCCCUUUACAUCCUGCAUCCUGAGGUGUUGCACACGAAGGUGUGACACAUUAAAAAAAAACUUGACUCAUUACUUUAAUCUCUACUGAAGAUCCCCAAACUGUGUUGGAAAUAUGAAGAAAACUAAUGUUUUCAAAAAAAAGCACUACUUUUGUAAGCAGCUGCUAACCAGAUGUUAGGGAUUCUGGAGAGACCUCAAAGAAAGUGUCCUUCAAAAUAUUUAAAGAGAUAUUUCCAUAUGUAGGAUUGCAUGAGUGCAACAGGAAGCCUAAAAACGUGAAAAAUAAACAAAAU